AUGAAGGUAGAGAUCGUCGAGUGGCACGCGUUCUCCACAUGGCACUGGGACAUCCCAGGAACUGGCUACGAGGACGAGUUGUGUGGCAUUUGCCGGGUGUCUUUUGACGGAACCUGCCCCAACUGCAAGUACCCUGGCGACGGGUGUCCCAUAGUGCUCGGCUUAGGAUGCUCCCACAACUUCCACCUCCACUGUAUUAUGAAGUGGCUCGAGCAGGACACUUCCAAAGGCUUGUGUCCCAUGUGUCGACAGAUCUUCCUCUUCAAGGAAGGCACUUUUGGUGCAGAAGACGGCAAAAAGCUCCAACGACUCGUUGAUGGCCACAAGGCUACACGGGAGAGAGGUCCUAACGAAAGUGACCAGGAGUUCGAGGCAUUCGACGGCCAGCAGGUGGAGUAA